UCUGUAUUUUAGAUAAUACAAAUAAGUUAAAGGAUGGCUUCUUACAAGAUUGUUAUGGUAAGACAUGGAGAAAGUGAAUGGAAUAAAGAAAAUAAAUUUUGUGGAUGGUUUGAUGCUGAUUUAAGUGAGAAAGGAGUAGCAGAGGCCAAUGCUGCUGGAGAAGCACUCAAGAAGGAAGGAUUAUCUUUUGACCUAGCAUAUACAUCAGUCCUAAAAAGGGCUGAAGAAACUCUCGAUAUGGCUCUGAAAAAACUAGGACAAACUGAUAUUCCAAUCAAACACACAUGGAGAUUAAAUGAACGUCACUAUGGAGGACUAACUGGAUUGAAUAAAGCUGAAACGGCUGAAAAGCAUGGAGAAGAACAAGUUAAAAUAUGGCGACGAAGUUUUGCUACUCCUCCACCUCCGAUGGACAAAAGCCACCCCUACUACAGCAUAAUUGCGGAGGAUAAAAGAUACAAGGAUGUACCAAAUGAAGAAAUGCCAAUGUGUGAAAGUUUAGAAUUAACAAUAAAGAGAACCCUACCUUUCUGGAAUAAUGAAAUAGUUCCACAGAUCAAAGCUGGAAAGAAAAUCAUUAUUUCUGCCCAUGGAAACAGUCUGAGAGGAAUCGUGAAGCACUUGGACAACAUGUCAGAUGAGGAAAUAAUGGCAUUGAAUCUUCCUACUGGAAUUCCAUUCAUUUAUGAGCUUGAUGAGAACAUGAAACCCAUCGUUUCAAUGCAAUUUCUAGGUGACGAAGAGACUGUGAAAAAAGCUAUGGAAUCAGUUGCAGCACAAGGACAAUCUAAAAAAUAAUAAUUCUUUGCAAAAAGCACUGUGUAUUUGUAUUAACCAGUUCUGCCAUUUUUUUCUCUCAAUAAGUUCACAGUAAAUGAUAAUAUCUGUAAAACUCAUUUCAACAAAAUUUUUCCUUUAUAAUUUUCAUGUAUUGCUGUAUUCUAAAUGGAGUUUUGUGUGUGAAUAUAUAUUUCAAUGUUAAA